CUGAUGAUAGAAGUGGAGAUCUUUGUCCCCAGUUCUGAUGGGCUGCAUCUGACAUCUCUCCUGGGACCUCACAGUGCUAAGGAACUGGGCCUCCUGAGGCUGUUGGAUCCCUGGCUCUACCUGCUAACUAGAGAGACUGCUGAGGCAGGUAACCAGGUGGAGUUUUUAAUAAGCGACCGUGACAGAGAUCCUCAGUGUAACCUCCACUGCUCCAGGUCCCAGGCUAAACCCCUCUGCGCCUCGGAUGGCAGAACUUAUGAGUCAAUGUGCGACUACCAGCGAGCCAAAUGCAGGGAAUCAAGCCUGAGUGUAGCACAUCGAGGUAGAUGCAAAGAUGCUGGUCAAAGCAAGUGUCGUUUGGAGAGAGCUCAGGCGCUGGAACAGGCAAAGAAGCCCCAGGAAGCGGUCUUCAUUCCAGAAUGCAACGAGGAUGGAUCAUUCACUCAAGUGCAGUGCCAUACCUAUACUGGAUACUGCUGGUGUGUCACACCCGAUGGCAAACCCAUCAGUGGCUCUUCUGUACAGAACAAAACUCCUGUAUGUUCAGGUUCAGUAACUGAUAAGCCUUCAGGCCAGGGUAAUUCAGGAAGGAAAGAUGAUGGUUCGAAGCCAACACCCACCAUGGAGACCCAGCCUGUUUUUGACGGGGAAGAAAUCACAGCUCCCACACUUUGGAUUAAGCACUUGGUCAUUAAAGAUUCCAAACUGAAUAGCUCCAGCAUGAGAAACUCAGAGAAAGUUCACUCAUGUGACCAGGAGAGACAGAGUGCCCUGGAGGAGGCCAGGCAGAACCCCCGUGAGGGCAUCGUCAUCCCAGAGUGUGCUCCUGGAGGGCUGUACAAACCAGUGCAGUGUCACCAAUCCACUGGGUAUUGUUGGUGUGUUCUGGUGGAUACAGGGCGCCCCCUGCCUGGCACAUCUACCCGCUAUGAAACCCCAGUGUGUGAAAGUGAUGCCAGAUCAAAGAGCACAGAGGCUGAUGACCCAUUUAAGGACAGAGAGCUUCCAGGCUGUCCAGAAGGAAAGAAAGUAGAAUUUAUUACCAGCUUACUGGAUGCACUCACUACAGACAUGGUACAGGCCAUUAACUCAGCAGCACCUGCUGGGGGUGGAAGGUUCUCCGAGCCAGACCCCAGCCACACACUAGAGGAGCGAGUGGUGCAUUGGUACUUCAGCCAGCUGGACAACAACAGCAGCAAUGACAUCAACAAGCGGGAGCUGAAGCCUUUCAAGCGUUACGUGAAAAAGAAAGCCAAGCCCAAGAAAUGUGCUCGACGCUUCACUGACUACUGCGACAUCAACAAGGACAAAUCUAUUUCACUGCAAGAGCUGAAGGGGUGUUUGGGAGUCAGCAAGGAAGGAGGCAGCAGUAGCAAUUUCCCCCAGGGAAAAAGACAAGGCCUUAAUCCUUUCAUAGGACGCCUGGUCUAGGAGGAGAUCUGAAUGCAGGGUCCAACCCAAAGGAAGGACAGCUGGACGGAGAGACACCCUGCUGCUUGUGAGCACAUGAGCAGCAAUAUCCACCGUAGCAGAAGUGGCACCCAGAAUGUUUGCACUUUUUUUUUAAUACUUGGUUUGGUUUUUGAUUUAUUGUUAAUGCCAUCUAAUACUCUGCAGGGGAGGGGGGAGGGGGCAGGAAGAGCAUGACUUUUUUUUUUCUUUUUUUUAAUUGGAAUAGCUACUGACAACUUAAAUUUUGAAGUUUGAUGGGACUUGAGAAAGAGAUUUUUAUAUACUGUAUAUAAAUAUAUGUGUAAAUUGUACAGUUGUCUUGUACAGGGGUUGGAGUCACUGUUCUGUUCCUUCCUUUGAUUUCUAAGGCUAUUCAGGUUAGCUUAAAGGAACACAUUGUAUUACUGGAUUCCAACAGGGCAUUGAUUUCAGCAACUGAUCCAUCUGCCAGCUGCACAUCAAUCUCUCAAGUAUCCCACUGCAUGUAGAAGUGAAUAUAUUGGCCCAGCUAGUGCUCCCAAGUUGUUCCUACAGAGUACCAAGUGCUUCCUGGGAGUUACUGAAUAGCCCCAGUUCCGAUGGUUGGUGAGAGCCCUCUGUAGCUUGCAGGCAUGGGCUGCUGAGAGAGUACGGCUACAGCUUAACUGUCAAUGCAUCGCAGAAGAGUUUGUUUGUGAGCAGGGGGAGGGGUUGAAACAUGAACACCCUUAAGUGUGGAAGGGGCAGGGGAACUGUGGGGGGGAAGCCCAACUGUGCCAUAAGGAAGAUAUGCCGCACCAAUACCAUGUCUAGGGUCACUAGGAGAACCAGCAGGCUGCCAAUGCCAGGAAAACAUACUACAGGUCCCAGUAGUGUCAGGAGAGUGGGUGAGGAGAGACGCUGUCUAUCUUAAUGUGUGCCAAAGUGACCACGAAUGUCCCCUAUAACCAUAUGAAGGACAAGAAAUCAAGUAGCUCUGCCGUGCACAUCAGGAGCAUCUGCCAGCCUAGUGACGGGCACUGGAGAGAUGAGAAAGAUGCAGCAAGAGACCAAUCCCUGGGUGCCUUGUUAAUAUAAAUGGCAUCUCUGCCAUUUGGCUUAUUCUCAUUCUGAAGGCUUUGGUCAUUCCUGUGCAGAACCAUGGGUCCCUGUGUUUCUAGGAUGUGAAUCCAUAGCUCCCUGCCUGUUCAGUAGGGUGAUGCAUUGGCUCACAAUAACCUUAUCCCAUUCUCUGUGCCCUGCUAAUAUCGGUGUUUUAAGCGCUAAUAGUGCACUCUAAAGCAGUGGCAGUGGCUCAGAUUGGCUAGGCUACUACUUUCAGAGGUUUCAAAGGGACUGCUUCUACUGGUUAUGUUUUGGCCAAGAUCUUUGUCUGCUAUUCACAGUCAGAUACAACAGUAAAUUCUGCAGAGGGACAGGGACACCUAGACACUCUACUGUGUGUAAAAGCGAGUGGGAGCAUAGAGCUUACUGCGAAACAGUGUAUUCCUGCUUUGAGCAUCUCUGGUUUGCUUGACCCUUAGUGGGGCACAGCAGUCUCCCAGCUAUCAGACACCUAAACCUCUGUCUCUGUAACAUGCUGUUCUGGUGCACUUCCCUUAGGUACCUGUUGUUUGCAUUCAGUAUUAUGGGGGACAGCUCUCUGAUGAUAGUUACCUAAGUACUUUGGCCAUUUUACCCACAAUGAGGCUUCUGAGGUGUUGCAUUUAACUUGGUGAAUGGUGAUCCUCUCUUCCACCUACUUAUACAUGAAGGGAAUCUGUAACCAACUCUCAAGCAAUUAGGAAAUGGUGAGUGGCCAUCAAUAUUGUUAAUAGGAUCUGGGUUUGAAGCCUGCCCUGGUUUAAAUCCUGUUAAAGCUAUAAUAGCAGUACCAUUUCAGUGUCCCAAAAUGGGUAUUGAUGGCAAUGCCAGGCAUUGUACCAUGGCCUUGUGCGCUACAUGCGGAACAUUGUUUCACAACAGUAUUGUGUUGCAGUGUGACAGAGGGGCCUUGUAACAAACUGUGGCCAUGUUACUUAGUUAUAUGAUUGUGUGACAUGGCAAGUCCACCUUUUCCUGAGAUGACAGCACUUUGUGACAAUAGUGUCACAGCCUAAACAUCCCAAUGCCCCAGCACAGCAAACUUGCACCACAUUUAAACGCCCAGAUGGAGCCUUCCUCAGUCACAAUCAUUGGAUUCCAGGACUUGGGAUCUCACUGCUUGGGAGUAGGUUUGAAGCUGGUUGAAGCAUUUGGUCUAGAUUAAAAAAACAAACCAAUGGACCCUUAACAAGUACCUUUGUGAAGUGCGAGUCUCACAGGUGUGUUGUAAGGAAAAGCUUUUGCUUCAUAAACAGUCCUACCCGUUGCUGGCUGCUUUGUUGUAAGUCACCUGCAACGUAUGUCCGCUUUGUGCCUGCAAGUCUGCAUUCUGCUCUUUGCUUUUCCUUUUUAUACAGAAGCAUUUUGUGUAUGAGUGUGUUAAGUGGAAUUGGUUCAGUGUAUAAUCACAGAUGUCAAUAUCCCCCCACUAAUCUUGCAGUAGGAAUGAAGAACAAGCCCAGCCUUGUAAAAAUGUUGUGCUGUAUCUUGAGGAAUGAUAGACUGGCUGGUGUUGUCAUUUAGUACUGUAUCCAGCAAGGGCCAAAUAUUGAUGCUAGGGCUAUAGGAUAGGAUACUCUCAUGCAAUUGCAGGGAGCAGGAUGUGCCCAGCAAAAGGGGUGAGGUGCUCAGUAUAGCCAUUGCCUGCUUGCCCAGGGCAGAAAAAAAUGGUUAAAUUGAGCCUUAGUAACUGGGACUUCUUUGCUAAAACUCAUUUGCUGCUGGGGAAUUUAAAUCAGCCAGAUUUACUGCUAUAUCACCCCUUCUGCAGCCCUAAUACUGCAGUUGUCAGUCCUGCCUCCCUUCCUUCCAAGAGAUGCUUAAGCAAUGUGUGUGCACAUUCCCUCCACAAGCUGACAGCUUUGGGCAGCUCUUCAAAAAAGCCAAGUGGUUGUUGGCUAAAUGGAUCAGCCUCAGUCUCAGUUAGACCCUACAUGUAGCCUUCUGCCAGGAUUGCCCCAUAGAAAGGGAACUGAGAAGUAAAUAGCCUCCCCUUCCAUAGUUGGAGAAUAGGGCCUAGUACCCUAAGUUACUGUCUUCGGGGAAGGUCCCAAAAUAGUCUUUUGUAUUGCCUCUGUGUUGGAUGGUUAUGCGGACUUGAGGCUCCUAAGUGAUUCAGGAGUUCUGGUGACUGCAUAUGUUAGAAGGUCAUACAGAAUAUUCUGGUUUUGUAGCAUAAACCAUGGUCAUAGAGUUGUCCAACUCAAAGGUACACAGUGGCUGAAACUCCCUGUGGAAUUAUGAUGCUAAUGACAGCAGGUUCUCCCAAGACUGAAACUAGAGGCUGUUAAUGAAGUUAGGUAGUCAUGGGAUUACAGGGAAGGCCCACUCAUGGACUAGAAAUUGGCUUGAGGAUGAGAGAAAAAAAAAAGAGUGAGUAUAACUGGACAGUUUUGGGGAUGGAAAGAGGGUGAACAGUAGGGUCCCCUAGGGAUCUGUGUUGGUACCAGUACUAUUUUAACACAUUCAUAAAUGAUCUGGAAAAGGGGGCAAGUAGUGAGAUGGCCAGAUUCAUGGAUGACACAAAAUUAUUCAAAGUAGUAAAGACCAAGGUGGGCUGUGAGAAAUACAAAAGGAUUUUACACUUAUGAGUGAAUGGGCAAUUAAAUGGCAGAUGAAAUUCAAUGUAGAUUAAGUGUAGAGUGAUGCACACUGGGAAAUAACCUGAAUUAUACAUGCAUUAUGAUGGGCUGUGGUGUAGCUGUUACCAUAGGAUCUGGGAGUCAUUGUGGACAGCUUGCUGAAAACAUGAGCUCAGUGCUCAGCAGAUGUCAAAAGCCAAACAUUUAGGGAUCAUUAAGAAGGGAAUUGUAAACAAUACAAAGUAUCAUUAUGCCCAUUUAUAAAUCCAUGGGACGUGCACUCCUUGAAUACUGGGCCCAGUUUUGGUUCCCACACCUCAAAAAGGAUAUAGAAGAACUAGAGAAGGUUCAGAGAAGAGCAACAAGGAUGAUUAAUGGUUUGAAGGGGAGACUAAAGAUGCUGGGCAUAUUUGUUUUAGAAAAGAGGCACUUGAAAGAGGACGUGAUAAGGGUUUACAAAAUGCUAAGUGAUGAAGAGAAAGUAAACAGGAUUUAUUAUUUACUCUCUCUCAUAAUACAGGAACUAGGGGUCAUAAAAUGAAACUAGUAGGUCGUAGGUUUAAAACUAACAAAAGAGGGUUUUUUCACACCCAGUGUAAUUAAAGCGUGGAACUCAUUUGCCACCAGAUGUUGUGGAAGCUGACAAUGUAGCCAGAUUCAAAAAGAGAUUGGAAAAAUUCUUGGAGGAAAGGUGCAUCAGUAGCUAUUGUGCUUGGGAGUUAGGGGGGUAUAGCCUCUGAAUUGGAGCUUCCUGGACCUUAAAGGCUGGAAGCUGCAAGUGGGAGAGGAACAGGGGAAAAACCCUGGUUCACUCUCUCCCUUUCAGCACCGAACCUCUGCCACUGUGUGACAGGAUACCAAGCAAGAUGGAACUAUGGACCUUAUGAAACACCUCACGUCACUACCACCACCACUCUUCCCACCAGAAAACCUUCUGGCAUCCAGGGCUAUAGGGCAGGUGUCAUCAAACACAUUCUUAUCUAGAAGUGUGAGGACAAGUCCUGCUCUUGUGUGUACCAGUAGGAGUCAACAGAGAUCAAUACGGUCAUGUAAUUAUCUGGAGAAACAGAAUUCAUACAUGUUGCUUCCACCAUUGUGAAUCUUCCUGAUUCUGUUCAUUACCAUGAAUAAGUGGUGGAAGCAGCUGGGACAAAGGUGAAGAAACCAGGUGUCACGCACAAUGUCAUCUGUCAGCAGCCCUGUUCCUGUUGGAGGGAGAAAUCCUUCCUUGUUUGCUGGUCCUGACUAACACAAUGGAGAAGACAAACUGUCUUUGAUUUAGGGUGGGAAUCCCCUCACAUGGAGGAUAUUUGGUUUCAACACUCCUGAAGGUAAGGGGGCAGGGAGGUAAUAUUCUAAGCCCAGGAGAAAUGUGGUAUAGAACAUCUCCCAGUGGUCUUGUCUACAGCAUUGUUUGUUAGGCUGAAAGGCAUCUGGUUAUUGUUGGUUUUCUAAUAAAAUAGAUAA